AUGUUGUCAGAUUUCAAACAACAGCAGCAACAAAAGCAUCAUUCACAUAAUCCACCAAAUAGUCAUGACGAUACUCAGACUAAAUUGCAAGUUGCCAAAUUGACUCAAGUGAUUCAGAAGUUUUUCACCAAGGCAGCACAAAUCAUUCUAGAAUCAAGAGCGUAUCCAGAAACUUCAACGCCUUCAUUAUAUCCCACUAAGGAAGAGUCAAGUAAAAUAAAUAAAUGGUUUAACCUUUACAUGACCAAUAUACCAGAUCUGUGCAAAGAUGAUUUGAAGUUGUGGAAAGGAGUUGACUUAACCACUAUUCCACCAAUGAUUAUAGAAACCUAUAUUGAUUUGAGAAGCUUGCCAGCCGAUCAAACUUUAGUUUUGAUGGAUGAUGAAAAACAUCCUUGGACAGUGGCAAAAUCACGUGGCAAAAAGCAAGAAGUCGUUCUAGAGAGAUGGUUAAUUGAAUUUGAACCAAACACUACAGACGCCACCGUGAUGGUUGAAGAACUACCUUUGAGCUAUAAACAGGCAAUAGUGCUCUUUAGAAGCAUAUAUGGGUUUACAAGAUUGAUGCCAGCAUUCAAAGUGAAAAAGAAUUUACAGAACAAAUUGCCCUUGGGAAAUAAAAUAUUAGAUGGUAAUCAACCAAUUAGCUCCAAAGGUAGAAUUGGAUUAUCUAAACCUAUUAUCAAUACCAGAACUAAUGAGUCUCAUAUGACACAGAAAUAUUUUCAACCAGUACAUACAAGUCUCGGGACAUUAAAAAUAUCGGUAGCUUAUAGAAUGGAUUCCGAGUUUUGUCUACAUGAAAAUGAAGAGUUACUACUGUCCCAUUUCCAUAAGCGUGAUGAAGAAGAAACGAAAAAGAAAGUGUCAUCCUCAGUUUCUCCUCUUUCCUCGGGUACAAGCUUAAAAGAAACAUCAACUUCACCAAGGAAAUCACAGCCUCCCAUCCGUAUACAGCCAUUUAAAGUUGGAUCGAUGAGUACAUCGCCACCAGUGCAAUCACCAUCAAUUUCACAACCAGGAACAGCACCAAUUCAAAAUCAACCAAGUGUCCCGUCGUCUUCAUUAGAAAGAAGAGUAUCGAUCACUAGUAACAAAUCAACUUCUAAUGCAUCAUUAGCGGCAUUUUUACGUAAUGCCAGAAGUAGUACUCCGUCAGCAAAUAAUAUUCCCAUAAUCAAUGCAAAUCCCAUUUCUGGUACGUCUGUUCCACGGUCUUUUAGUUCGUCUACGGGUCAUGAGGAUUCCAUUUUUGUCAAUCCUGAUAGUGCUAGUAACACUCCUCGAUUUGCAUCGUCAUUUGGUUCACGCGCAAGCAGACGGUAUAGUAGUACCAGUAUCAGACAACAAACUCCCCAAUCCGAUUUAAUGGGUCAAACCAAUAGUGUUGAUGCGGCUUUGAGUGGAAUAGAUGCUGAUGAUGACAUAAGUGACUUUGUCCGUAUGAUUGAUAGUAAAUCAGAUUUGAGAUUAGGCGGUGGCGGUGGUGGUGGAAACAGCAGUGUUCACAAUAUGAGUAUCAAUGAAUCAUCAUAUCAUGGGGAUGCGUUAAAUAAAUUUCAAUCAUUGCGCAGUCAGUAUCAACAAUUGAGUGAUAGUGUCAGUGCUAGUUUGAUUUUGCAAUCACGUCAUUCUAGUAGGAAAAGUUCAUUAAAUUCACCUGCGGGAUCAUUUGAUCUGCAUCAUCACCAACAUCAACAACAACAACAACAACAACAGAAUCAACAACAAUCUCAAUCACCACACACUAAUACAACAUCAUCUAUUCAUUCUCACGCACAUUCUUAUUCCCAUUCUCGGAUGAAGGAUGCAAGACCUAGAAGUGAAGACCAUCAACAAACUAAAUUUUCCGCAGCAAGAAGAAGUUCAAAUAUUUCACCCACUACAGCAGUACCAAGUUCAAUUGGUACACCAUCACUGAUAAGUUCAAGAAUACCUCAUGUAACUACAAUUAUCUCAUCUAGUGAUGUGAGCAGUACUGGAGGUAAUCGUACGAAAAGUGCUGCCACAACAGCUAUUGUUAGUGGUAUGGCUACUUCGCCUUCCAUAUAUGACUAUCGAUCACCUCGUUACCAGAAUGUUUUUGAUGACGAUGACGAGGAUGAUAAUGACGAAGAAGAAGGCGAUCGUGAAGGUAAUCAAUUACACGAGGGCAGAAAUAGUACAGAAAGUAGUCAAAAUCAAUCAAAACGUAUAAUGAAACAUAUUAAAAAAGAUGAAGAGGAUAGUGAAGAUGACGAAGAUUUGUUGUUUACUAUGAGUGAUAUGAAUUCAAGGAAUUUUUGA